AUGCAUGGUCUUGUGCUUUCGUUAGCUGGAUCCACUUUUUCAGACCUGACCAAGUCCAAUAUUACCAUCAAUGCUCCGACCCGAGAUGACCGCGAUGACGUCAUUGCUACCAGACCAGACAUAAUCGCUCAGGUCAACAUUCCACCUUCAGUUUCAUCCGUUAUUUCGUCCACGGCCCCACUCUCAGGAUCGUCGUCGAAUGACAGUGGUGAAUACGUCAGGGUCACCUUCAAUGUAUUUUCAACUCCAGCCCUGUUCAUUUCUAAAUCAUUGCGCACAUUCAGUGCAGAUAAUGACGGCUUCAAUCGAUCGGCUAAUACGCCCGUGAUUUCUCUCAGUAUUGGUCAAGGGAAAGUAGCAGCCUUGGCCGAAUUCAUCAACUUUACCUUCACUACAAUGACGUCUGGAUACGUGAAUCCCAUGUGUUCAUUCUGGGAUGAGGAGGAGGAAGAUUGGUCUCAAGAUGGGUGUGUUCUUGUUUCUGGAAUCACAUCGUCUGAUGAGCGCUAUGAUGAGGAUAACGUGCGCUGUGCGUGUGAUCAUCUUACCAACUUCGCUGUUAUAAUGGAUAUCCACAGCAAGGAGGAUUCAUUAAUCGAGGCAUACAACAUCCUGACUUACAUUGGAUGCUGUAUUUCUAUCCUCAGUCUUCUUGUGACAUUGGCAACCUACCUGUGGAACAAGGAUGUGAGGACCAAACAGACUAGCCAGAUCUUCAUCUGUUUGUGCAUCACCUUGCUGUGUCUCUACACGACAUUUGUCAUCAUGAUCUCUCUGGAUUCCAGAAGAGGUUAUCGUGAGGUCCAAGCUGUACCAUGUGGGUUCCUGACGGCCCUAGUUCACUACUUCGUGUUGUCCUCCAUUGCAUGGAUGGCUGUAGAGGGGUACAAUAUUUACCUCAUCAUUGUGAAGAACCUUUACACCUAUAUCCAGGAUUUUAUGAUUAAGGCUUUCUUACCUGCAUGGGGAAUUCCUGCACUUAUCGUGGUUCUUACUGGAGCUAUUACUAGAGACUCUUACGCCCAUGAUGAUCGAUGCUUUCUACAAUUCUGGUCUCAAAUCGGUGGUCUCCUGAUUCCCAUGGCCAUCAUCCUCCUCAUCAACAUUGUCAUCUUCAUCCUGGUGGUUCUACAAUUGCUCCGGUCAGCCAACAUCGCUGGUCGGGAGAAAAGGGAGGUUAAGGAAGAACGUCAAGAGACUAUCGAACGCGUCCAGAACGCGAUCUGCAUCUUGCUCCUGUUCGGUCUGACCUGGGUCACAGGAUAUCUUCUUUUAUUCCCGUCAUUCAGUAAGUUAAAUUAUGCUGGCCCAGCGGAAUCCACACAGAUUGGCAGCUCUCUUGCUCUCAGCAGCUUGAGAGCACUCUACUUCUGCCCCAUUGGCUGCUGUAGCAACAAGUCGCCUCCAUUCUGUGCGACUACGGCUUUCUCACUCAAGUGA